UGUAAACAUGGCGUCCGUGACAACAGCCACCUCAGAGUGGAUUCAGUUUUUUAAGGAUGCAGGGAUCCCAGCUGGCCUCGCCGUUACCUAUGCAGUCUCCUUUGUGGACAACAGAAUCCAGAAGAACAUGCUGAUGGACCUCAGUAAAGACAUCAUGAUGGACCUCGGUAUUACAGUGAUUGGUGAUAUCAUUGCCAUUCUUAAACAUGCCAAGCAGGUGUACAGGCAGGACAUGUGCAAAAUGGCCACGGAAGCCAUCUCCUCAGGACAGACAAGCGUUCAAGCUGAGCUCAGAAGAACUGCCAAUACUCCUGCCACUCGUAUGAUCGCCAACGCUCUGAGCCAUGACUCCCCACCAGCCACUCCAGCCCGUCGACCUGACAACCGCCUCUCCGUCACAGUGUCCAACAUGCAAGCAAACAAGAAUAGCAAAGCAGUAAGUCAGCCAGCCGACGAGGGGAAUGGUUUGCCAGCAGUGAAGCGCCGGCGAGUGACAGCUGAGAUGGAAGGCAAGUACAUCAUCAACAUGCCCAAGGGCACCACGCCUCGUACACGCCGCAUCCUGGCCCAGCAGGCCAAGAAAGGUUUGAAACGCACUUCUGUAUUUGCAAGACUUGGGGCUGAAUCAAAGGCAGACACAACAACAAGCAAUAACAAGCCCACUGGUGUGUUCAGUCGUCUUGACCGAGGGGAUGAAGUGGAAGACAGGUCAAGGGCAGGAAAGAUGGCUGGAAACAUGGAUGUAGACGACCAGGAUGAUAGUGACGGAGAGGGCUCCGUCCUCCAGUACGCUGGCGUCCUCAAGAAACCUCCUCCCUCCCAGAAGAAAGAGCCAGCCGCAAAACCUGCUCCGACCACCCUGCGGCGCCUGGGAGGAAAGUUCAAACUACCUCCCUCUGACACUCCCAGCCCCUCGUCUUCUUCCCCUAAUGGCCUCCCUCCUGCCAAAAUCAGUGUGCUUCAGAGACUGGGCAAGCUUCCUGCCACACACUCAAACGCAGCUGUGUCGCCUUCACCCGCUGACACACAGGACAACAGAGUGACCAGCACCAGGCCCAGAGCCCAGGAGAGGCCGACCAUAGCAAGCCCCAAGGUCACCAGCAGCACCGGGGCCACAGGAGGGGGAGGAGCAGGAGAGUCCUUGGGGGCCCGGAUGGACUUUAAGGCUGUUAGUGUUUUUAAGAGACUGGGCAAUAAGAGAACCUAACAAAAACAUAAUUAUUCAGACUCUUUCUAAACUUCCUUUAUAGAAUUUGUAUCACCACCUUUUUGCAUUUAUCCUGGCCACAUGCAGGACUGCAGAUUGUUAUUAACUGUGUUUUUUGUUCAGCCUGAGUGUGUGGACGAUUUUAAUGCUUUAGGGUUACUCUUAGAUUAAAAAAAAAAAAAUAGAUAAUUUUUUUUUUUUUUUUUUUUACAUUUUAGUUAUGCUGCCAUUGGAAAAUUACCUUUGUUUACUCUCAAAGCUUUUAAUUUAAGGACUCCAAGUUCUCUGUAUAUUAUGUUGUAUUCAGAAAACUAUUUAUCAUGUCUCAAUCAUAUCUGCCAUUUAUCGUCUUUUAGAAACGUAUAUUUAACUACAUUUGUGAGCUUAAGGCAUGAGCAUGACGUCAACCACGCUGCUAUGAUGGUGGUUUUUAUUUUACCCCGUGACUCCACAUAUAAAGAUGCUGCUGCCUAAACUUCCCUGUUUUGAGAUUCCUCUUCAAAGAAUACACUUGAGUAAUUGAAAAAUGUGUUGAUAUUUGCCUGAAAGUUAAAUAUUUCUGAAAAAAUUUUUUAAGGGACAGACGGGGAAAGUUUUCUUCCACAAAUUAAAAACACAGGAUGGCAGUCAGACAUUAGACUAGCUAUGAGGUGAUGGUGAAAUCUUUCUAUUCUUGUUCACCUCAGAAUUACCUCCUACAUCAUGUUUUGAAAGUAGAAAAACGUGUAAAAGUGAUGAAAGGCUUCUGAACUUUUUACCGAAGACUUGUGAGCAGAAAAGGAAAUCCAAAUGGUCACACAGAACAACCUCUCUGAACACUUGAAUCGAGAUAAAGCACCACACCUCCUCCUCCUCCUCUUCUUCUUCUCUGCUUUGGGGAGUAGAAGUUCACACCUCUGAGCUAAAGACACCCAAGUCAAGUUUUCUACCAUAGUAAUGAACUCUUUCUAAAACCACCUACUUGAAGGCCGGAUCAGUAGAGUAUUGUUUAUUUUGAAAUGCAAUGUAUAGAUUUGUUAGAGUUGAUUUCACACAGCACAGAACCUGUUCUGCUGCAUAUUUUUCUAUGUGGACGUUCUUGUAUCAUGUAUCCAUGUAAAGAAACUCAGAGAUGCCAUCAGGGGGCCACUGUACUGUAGUUCCAGUAGGUAGUUCACCCAACCCAGUAUGGGUCAUUCACACCUGUGUACUGUUUUGGUCUUUCAGACUUACACCAGAACUUUGUAACACUGUAAAUAUUUUUAAAAUGUUUAAAAUCACCUUAAAGUAUUUUUAUUGUUUUAAGAAAAAAAGUUGAACAAAGUUGAAUAAACGGUCAUGAUUUUUUUUUUAAAGAUAUUGAGCAGAAACAAAGUUCUGAAUUUGAAGAAAAUGUGUUUGGAAAAUAAUUAAAAGAGGAAAAGGGUCCAAA